CGCGAUAGUUCAGCGCCUUCAGCUCGCUGGCUUAACCGUGCGUGUUCGCUUGUCGUGGUGUGUUUCAUUCAUCAUUUUGACGUUGUUUCGUUCGGCGUGCAGCGAGAAAAACGGAGCAGAAGAUGACCGCGCAAGAUGUACGACUUAACCACACAAUCUACAUCAACAAUUUGAAUGAAAAGAUCAAGAAAGAUGAGUUGAAAAAGUCGCUGUACGCCAUUUUCUCCCAGUUUGGUCAGAUAUUGGACAUCUUGGUCGCACGAAACCUGAAAAUGAAGGGUCAGGCCUUCGUCAUCUUCAAAGAAGUCAACAGCGCUUCCAAUGCCUUGCGAUCCAUGCAAGGUUUUCCAUUUUACGACAAACCUAUGCGUAUCCAGUAUGCCAAACAAGACUCGGAUAUCAUAGCUAAAAUGAAGGGGACCUAUGUUGAGCGUGACCGUAAGAAAGAAAAGAGGAAGAUCAAAGGGCCUGAGGCAGCAGGAGUAAAGAAGGGUGUGGCAGGGGCUGGUGCACCCAUGGGACCCGGGGUACCUACAGCUAUGCCUGGAAUGCCUCCCAUGAACCAAGCUCCUCGCAUGAUGCCCAUGCCAGGCCAACCACCUUACAUGCCCCCUCCAGGCAUGAUGCCCCCUCCUGGCAUGGCACCCGGACAGAUGCCCCCUGGUGCCAUGCCUCCAGGUCAGAUGAUGCCUGGACAAAUGCCAGGACAAAUGCCUCAGCAGGUGGCAGAAAACCCUCCCAACCACAUCCUUUUCCUCACCAACCUGCCAGAGGAGACCAACGAACUCAUGCUGUCUAUGCUCUUCAACCAGUUCCCAGGGUUCAAGGAGGUGCGUCUGGUCCCUGGUCGCCACGACAUCGCAUUUGUGGAGUUUGAUAAUGAGGUGCAGGCAGGUGCUGCUAGAGAGGCUCUGCAAGGGUUCAAGAUCACACAGACAAAUGCCAUGAAGAUCUCAUUUGCAAAGAAAUAAGCUGUCCCAUGCCGAGACCGGUGGUCAUUUGUAUGUGUACACCAGAGGUGAUUGUUUUCCCUUCUAGAUCAGUGCCCCACAAAUGAUUUUUUUUUAGAAAUUAGCAUUUUAAUGCUGUCCGGGAUAAAUUGAAUGGAACUGCUUUUUUCUCUUGCAGAUACCUACAGUGAUGUAAGUAUACUUUGGAUCAAAUUGCUGUCUAGGAUGUUACUCAACUAGCAAGAAUAUGAACUUGGUCAAUUGAGGAACAUUGAACACGAAGUUAAAACCUAAAUUUUUUUAACAUGGAUUCCAUAAAAUAGAUGUUACUGGUUUGUACACAUACCAAUGAGCAACUUGAUGUGUUCUUAUUCCUUUAACUGUUUGUUAUAAAGCAUUGCACCCAGAGUCUGAUUUACCAGACAUUGUACCUGGAGCUUGGUGUUAAUUUUUUUUAUUAAAAAAUGAUUUUCUCACAA